AAGAAAAUCAACCAUUUGUACUUUUCAACACGCGACGGCUAUCUGCAGAAGCGAGCUUCCCACUGGCAUAAWUUUUUUUCCUUUCUAUCGUAUCCUUUCAAUUGUUCGAGCCUCAGCCUCCGAUCUCGAGCCAAAGGAUUUUCUGAUAAAUUCUAUGCUUCCUGGGAAAUCAACACUUAACAUCUAGGUUUCUAAUUGUUUAUUUGCUUUGAGAUUCGGAGAGUCAAACAUCGAUGUUCUAGGGUUUUCGUUUUCCCCGGCGGUACAAUUUGUGAUCGCGAUGUUCUAAUCUAUCUAUGAAACUUGGUUGAAGUUAUUCCAGAGAUGUAUAGCAAUUUCAAGGAGCAAGCUAUAGAGUACGUGAAGCAGGCGGUGCAGGAAGAUAAUGCUGGCAAUUACGCCAAGGCCUUCCCCUUGUACAUGAACGCCUUGGAGUACUUCAAAACUCAUUUGAAGUAUGAGAAGAAUCCCAAGAUCAAGGAAGCCAUUACCCAGAAAUUCACCGAGUAUUUGCGCCGUGCCGAGGAGAUACGUGCUGUGCUCGAUGAUGGCGGUCCUGGACCGGCUUCCAAUGGGGAUGCGGCGGUUGCGACUAGGCCCAAGACGAAGCCUAAGGAUGGAGAGGGAGGAGAUGGAGAAGAUCCAGAACAAGCUAAGCUACGGGCUGGCCUUCAUUCCGCGAUCAUAAGAGAGAAGCCGGACGUCAAGUGGAACGAUGUCGCUGGAUUGGAGAGCGCCAAGCAGGCUUUGCAAGAGGCGGUAAUAUUGCCCGUGAAGUUCCCGCAGUUCUUUACUGGCAAGAGACGACCAUGGAGAGCUUUCUUGUUAUAUGGACCUCCUGGAACUGGAAAGUCGUACUUGGCAAAGGCUGUUGCAACAGAAGCCGACUCAACAUUUUUCAGCAUUUCUUCUUCGGACCUUGUCUCAAAAUGGAUGGGUGAAAGUGAAAAGCUAGUUUCAAAUCUUUUCCAAAUGGCUCGUGAUAGUGCUCCAUCCAUCAUCUUUAUUGAUGAAAUAGAUUCUUUGUGUGGUCAACGAGGUGAAGGUAAUGAGAGUGAAGCUUCUAGACGCAUCAAGACAGAACUUCUUGUGCAGAUGCAGGGUGUUGGAAACAAUGAUCAAAAAGUUCUUGUUCUUGCUGCAACAAAUACUCCAUAUGCUUUGGAUCAGGCCAUUCGUCGGCGAUUUGACAAGCGGAUAUACAUCCCUCUUCCUGAUUUGAAAGCCAGGCAGCACAUGUUCAAAGUGCAUCUGGGGGAUACUCCGCACAAUUUGACAGAAGUAGAUUUUGAAAGCUUAGCACGCAGGACCGAUGGUUUCUCGGGUUCAGAUAUUUCAGUUUGUGUGAAGGAUGUGCUCUUUGAACCUGUUCGUAAAACUCAAGAUGCUAUGUUCUUCAUUAAGACUCCUGAUGGUAUGUGGGUGCCAUGUGGACCAAAGCAACCAGGUGCUGUCCAAAUUACCAUGCAAGAGCUGGCAGCUCAAGGACUCGCCUCAAAGAUCCUUCCUCCCCCAAUAUCAAGAACAGAUUUCGACAAGGUCCUAGCCAGACAGAGGCCUACAGUAAGUAAAUCUGAUCUGGAGAUUCAUGAAAGGUUUACAAAGGAGUUUGGGGAGGAAGGUUGAGGAGUAGUUUGUCAUGAAUCGCACCGAGUCAAUCAUCAUUAUCGGGUACAACCCUCGAGAGUUGUAUUUUAUUUGUCAUUCGAGCUCCGACGAAUUUAUAUAUUUUUCAAUUGUCCAUUAAAGGGGAAGCAAAUAUGACAUUUGUAUUGAGCAGGACCUUUCUCUAAUUUGAUCCCACCAAUUUGUGUAUAGUUACAAAAAUUUGAAAUAACGAAUGAUGUUUGCUUAUGAUAUAUCUUCUGCUUGUAUGGUUUCGCUCAUCAAAA